AUGGAAAGCUGGAAAAUAAUUACGUAUAAUGUCGCGGUAUAUAUGUUUUUAUUUGAAGUACGACCUCUUGAAACAUAUUUAACAGCCUAUCUUACUGGACCAGAUGGAAACGUUUCGCUUUCAGAGGUGGCUAAUUCUAUGGAGUCAAUCAGAUCGUAUUCAGCUCUCACUGCAACUGUAAUAAUGUUAGCCGUUUCCGAAUACUUUUACAAACCGGCCAUCAUAGCCUAUACGGUUUGUUCAUUUAUCGCCUAUAUCUUCAUGUCAGGUUCGCCGAGCUUGAUACAUUUGCGGGUCGGCGUGGCUGGCAUAGGUGCAACAUCAAACGCCUACAUAUUGGGUUUCAGUUAUUUGUACAGUCAAAUCAGUGACAAGCAACAGUAUCAAAAGGCUACCAGCAUUAUCUCAGUCAGCCUACAGUUAGGCAUUUUCUGCGGUUCUGUACUUUCACAAAUAAUUGUCAGCAUGACUGGAGGAAUUUAUACAAUUCUACCGUAUUUCAAUGCAUCCGCUAUGUUCUUAGCUGUAAUUUGCGCUUGUCUAUUUCCAACGAAAAAAAAACAUUCUUUUCGAAUGGAGAACGUGCUUAAUGAAAAAACCCGACUUCUCGGAAAUGGCUUAAAAAAUAAAAUCGAAAUUCGUGAAAAAAAUAUAGUUAUAAUGCAAUCUAUUAAGUACAACACUGCAAUGGAAAAUUCAUUCAAAGGAUUAUUGUUCGACUUUAAAACUUCAUACUCGAAUACGGUCGUGCUAAAACGGUCUAUUUGGUACAUAAUCAGUAUGGGAUCACAUUUUCAGAUUAUAACUAACAUGAAUGUAUUGUACACGUACAUCGUCAAUAAACCAGGUAAUCAUGAUGUCUUGUUAAACGGAUACGCGGAGGCAAUGAUUAGUUUGUGUGGAGCUGCGGGUGCCUAUCUAUUUGGAAAAGUGCAGUUAGAUUGGACUUAUUACGGUGAUGCCGUUACAGCGAUUUGCUCCUCUAUUAUGGGCAUUCUUAUGAUGUCAUGUUAUUAUCACGACCAUUUGUUUUUGAUAUAUUUAUCGUAUAUUUUAUACGGUAUAGUUAGUCAAAUAGCAUUUGUCUCAAAUAUCUCUGAAAUUGCGAAACGACUGAAGAAUCAGUGUUAUUCUUUGAUAUAUGGAGUUAAUUUAUUUGGGUCUUUAUUAAUAUCCACCUUCAUGACAAUAUUUUUCGUCCAAAUUAAUUUCUUGGAUAUUUCUAUUCCCGGCCGGGUACAACUUCUUGUUUUUCAGUUUUUGUUCAUUGGUGGUUUAGACGUCUGUCUUGGAGUAGGAUUCUUAUUUUUAUCGUAUCUCAAAAUGACCAAGCCUAGACGAUGA